AUGCGUGUCGCUGUUGCUGCUGUUGUGCUCGGUGCCGGUGCCAUCACCAGCGCCCAACUAUCCAGCAUCCCACAAUGCUCUGUAAGACUUGUCCGCUCAAUGCCCCGGGCUCCAUAUCUCGUUUCAAGUUGGAAAACUAACCCCUGGUCUCUUCUCCGCCUUGUGGAACAGGUGGUGCCCUGCGUCAAACAAGCUUGCGAUGUCGCGGACCAACAAGGUACCAAUAUGAAAAAGACACAUUCGACCCUCCGUCUGAUCCUCUCUAAUCCACGCCGUGUAGCCGUUUCCAAAGUCGUCGUGUCUUUGUGCUCUGGCGUUGGCCAUCCGGUCUCUGUGCCCCCCGUGGACGCAUCGGCUCCCACAUCGACUGCUGCAGCCAGUUUUCCAACCACAGCAAGCAGCUCCAAUUCCACCACGGUCAGCGGUUUGGGCGGAAGCUCGCGGACUUCGUUUGCGGCCUCUCCAACUUCGACUUUGGGUUCUACGACUUUGGCCACGGUCAACACUGCUUCGCCUUCGCCUUCGCCUUCGCCUUCGUCUUCGAGCCCCGCCCUGUCUAACGGGGCCUCGGGGAUUCAAUCCGGAGUUGCUCAGGUGGCUGGUGCUGCCAUCCUGCUAGCCAGUGUUCUGUUUCUGGUCUGA